CUUGGAUGCGCGCAGAGUAAAGAUUGUCGGAGAAUCGACGUCGACACUACCCGAGCUGAGGGCAUGCAUCGUGAGCAGGAGCGACGGGAUAGGUAAGCUGCUGAAUGUCGUGGAUGCGCAAUAUAUGGUUGCUCUGUGCAUGGCCGCCGCAGUGUCUAUGUGUGCAAAAUUCCUUCUCUUCUCGUAAACGUGAUGACAAUUCAGCGAGACCGUCUGCGACCCGAUAGAUACAUAGCUAUACAGGUUAUACAUGGCUGAUCUCGGCAGUAUCUAAGCCACAAGGCCCCGCCAUGACAGCGUCUCCAAUAGGAGCAUCGCCUCACGCACGGGCAGCCGGGAGCUUGAUAGAGUACUGCACCCCCGGCCAUGGCACAGCUGUCCGGAAACCCCACAACGAGCAGUUGCAGGGCAAAGGCUCAUCCAAAAAGACUGUCACCGCAUUUGCAUGCAAGUGCGAGACAUCAUACCAUCCAAGAGACUCGCACGGACAUCGAUACUGCACAUCGACAACCUCCAUGGAGCCACAAACACUCGCAAAAGACGACGUAAAGCCUGCUAAAUCCAGAACCGACCUGAAUACGAUGGAAUUACCGCGACUGGUGAUGACGCGCGAUGGUCCAGAAAGAGCGUGUUCUCCAUCUCCGAGUACAGCAGGGACUGGCGUUGAUAACAUCUCCUGGCCAUCACGCCGGGGAAGUGCUCAGCAAGCCACAGACUCUGUCAUUAGUCUUCUAACACCAGCGACGAGAGCUAGAGCUAGCCAACUGAGAGGUGUGCAGACUGCUGAAAACGAAGGAGUCGUCUUCGCUCCGCCACCGAUGCAUCCGAAGAAGGGAACAUCCCAAGGACCACCACAGGGAUUUUCACAAGGAAGACCAGAAGGGCCCCCUGGUGGACCACCUGGAAGCUAUGGUCCAUAUCCUUCUCUACCGAAGACUAUACUAAUAAUGUUAUCACUAUACGUGUCCAUCUUUCUCGUCGCACUGGACCGGACGAUCCUAGGGCCAGCCAUUCCUUCGAUAACGAAUCAAUUCAACAGUCUGGAGGACAUUGGCUGGUACUCAUCAGCGUACAUGCUCACGUCGUGCGGCUUUAUCCUCUUGUACGGCCGCAUAUACACGUUCUUCCCUACCAAGCCGGCCUUCUUGACAGGCAUCGCCCUCUUCGAGAUCGGAAGCGCAAUCUGCGGUGCGGCACAGAACAGUCUCAUGCUUAUAAUUGGCAGAGCUGUUGCAGGUCUGGGAAGUAGUGGUGUAUUCACCGGUGCCAUCUUGAUUAUGAUGAACACUGUGCCUCUGCACAAGAGGCCAUUGUUGCAAGGCUUGUUUGGUGCAUGCUUCGGUGUCGCAAGCGUGACAGGACCGUUGCUUGGCGGUGCAUUCACAGAAAGCGGGCUGACCUGGCGAUGGUGCUUCUAUAUCAACCUACCACUGGGUGCGAUAACGAUAGUCGUGAUUAUGUUCCUGUUGAAAAUCGACGACACAAAGCCACCAAGGAAAGGCUGGAAAGAUACGGUGCGGAAGAUGGAUCCUCUUGGGACUAUCCUAUUCCUUCCUGGAAUCACGUGUCUUCUGUUGGCUCUGGAGUGGGUCGCUACAGAGGACGCCUGGAAUUCACCUCGGAUCAUCAUUCUCCUUACCGUUUUUGCCAUCCUGUUCACAGCUUUUUUAGUAUGGCAAUACAUUACUCGCAACACCACCGCUACGGUACCGGCUCGCAUCCUGUUCCAGCGCAGUAUUGGGUGCGGCUGUGCAUCGCAGUUGUGCGUCGGCGCCACGAUGUUGACAAUCUCAAUUUACAUGCCCCUGUGGUUCCAAGCCAUCCGAGGAGAUUCUCCUUUCCAGUCUGGUUCCAACUCUCUACCUCUGGUACUCUCAACUGUAUUCGCCUCAAUUUUGUCCGGUGGGCUAAUCCAGCGCCUCGGAUACUACACCCCUUUUAUGAUCUUCGGAGCCUGCUGUAUGGCUGUAGGAACUGGCUUGAUUACCACGUUGACUACUCAUACGAAAGAUGCCCAGUGGAUUGGCUACCUAAUCGUCUUAGGUGUUGGUGUUGGUAAUUCAAUGCAGCACGCCAAUCUAGCAGUCCAGGCCAUUCUUGAGAGGCGCGACAUCCCAAUCGGCACCGCAAUGCUGUCGCUGUGCCAAACACUUGGCGGUGCGGUAUUCACCGCUGUCGGCCAGAAUCUGUACAUCAGCAAGUUCUCCGAAGGCCUCAAGCGCAUUCAUGGCAUUGAUGUAGGCCAUAUUCUGGGAGCUGGCGCAACGGAAUUGACGAAAGGCCUAGCACCUGAGGUUCGUGGAAGGGUGUUGGAAGCUUACAACGAUUCAUUGACGCAAGGUACUUUCCUGGCGGUUCUCUUCGUCGCCUGCUUAGCCAUACCUGCUGCCAUGGGUAUGGAAUGGCGGAGCGUGAAGAAAGAUGUCACGAAACCAGGACCACUAAGCGCAAAGGACCUCGAGAUGAAUGACACGUUUCGGAGAGAGUCUCGCAGAAGCAUUCAUUCUGAUAGACGUACAUCUCGAAAAGAUGGUAUUAGAUUGGAUGAUGGUGAUAUCGUCGCACCACCAGCUCCAGCUUGGAAGAAAAUGCACCGACCCAGCGGACACUUUUCGCAAUGGAUAACGGCGAAAGUGAAUCCCGAUCUUCGUACAGAGCUGGCAUACACCAAAUAGGAUGACGAAACCCACUCAAAUAAUGCUGCACUAUCAUCGCAUCUUGUUUUAGAUUUGGCACAAAGCCAGGGGAAGAUGUUUGUUGCCACACAUGAUGUUGCUUUGUGGGGUAGUUGAUAUUACAAUGCAUGUGCCAGCGUUACCAACGGGAAGGACAGGUUCACAGUGAAGGUCAAUCGCUGUAACCUACAGCAAUUAUAAGCAGCCGUAGCGUCCUAAAACCUACAUAGUAAGCGUUACGUCACAGAGCGAUAGUCUUGUUCAUCAACCCAAAUCGAACACUUCAUUUUGCUCCAUUCGCGAUCUGACGUCAACGCGCUUGCUGUUGCGCCUUUGCAAUGGUAUCACAGCGAUU